AUGAGUACAAUUUCGUGGGCGGCACUGGCCUGUUUGCCACGUGUAGGCAUGUCAUCGGGCAAACCGCUUUUCUGGUCAUUUUUCGGCCAGAGCGGUGACACGGACGGUAGUAACGAUGGUGAUGGCACUGGUGCCAGAAGGAAGAACGGCUACGACAAGGAGACUGAGGAGCACGCACAAUGGACAACAAGCGAUUGGAUUCAAAAGCAUAAAUACGAAUUAGAAACGCACAAUGUCAGUACCGUGGACGGGUAUCAUUUGACAUUGCAGCGCAUGCCGAGGCCAGGAUGUCGUCCGGUGUUAUUGGUGCACGGUUUGUUGACAUCAUCACUUAGUUGGGUAAUAAUGGGACCCGGCAAGAGCUUAGCAUUCCUGUUGUUUGAAAAGAGCUACGAUGUUUGGUUAGCAAAUCUACGUGGCAGCAUUUAUGGACGCAAUCAUACGCGUCUUACCGUUAAGGAUGCCGAUUUCUGGAGCUUCAGUUUUCAUGAAAUGGGCGCUUAUGAUUUGCCUGCCAUUAUUGACCAUGUACGCAAUGAGUCGUCAUUUCAUCAAGUGUUGCUAAUUGGACACUCUCAGGCUCUGAAUGCAUUUCUAGUGUUGUGUACUCUGCAACCGGAAUACAAUGAACGGAUUUUAUUUAUGCAAGCCUUGGCCCCAAUUUUGGAAUUGCGAAACUUCACCAAAUUUAAUAAUGACGAUGUGAGGAGAAUCUCAAAAUUUCUAAAGGCAAAAAUAAAAUCACAAUCAUAUGAAGUAUUUCCGGAAGGAUAUUUGCAACAGAAAUGUGUGAAAUCGAAUGCAGAUGCACGCAAAGAGUGUUCUGAGGUGCAAAAAAAAUUUCUAGGAAGUGGACAAUACAAUAGAUCUCUGGAACCCAUUAUUUAUGGCAAGCUUAUACAAGGAGGUUCCUUAAAGGAAAUACAACACCUACAGCAAAUAUGGAAGUCAGGAGAUUUUGUUAGCUUUGACUACGGAGCUGAAGGAAAUCUCAACUACUACAACACCGUCAACCCUAUUAUUUACGAUUUGAAGAAAUUAACAGUACCCCUUGUGCUGUACUUUGGGGACACCGAUGCCUUCGCUACACCUGGCGGAGUACACCGGAUCUACUCGCGCCUGCUAAGCACAGUAAUUGGCGUUUAUCAUAUCUCAGCGCAGAAAUUUAAUCAUUUGGAUUUUUUAUGCGCAAGCGACGUGAAGAGUUUAGUGAACAAUAAACUAAUUGAGACAAUGGAAAAUUAUUUGACAGCCAAGCUCAAGUACAUAAUUGAAUAA